AUGGCCCUGGCUGGCGAUGGUGGGUCAAGGAGUGGUGGUACAGAGACGUGGAAGAGCGGAGGCUGGUGCCAGACGCUCAAGAAGGGGCCGUGGACGGCGGUGGAGGACUCGAUCUUGAUGGAAUACGUGAAGCAGCAUGGUGAAAGGAACUGGAAUUCAGUUCAGAGAAAUUCUGGGUUGAUGAGGUGUGGGAAGAGUUGUAGGCUGAGAUGGGUUAACCAUCUGAGGCCUAAUCUCAAGAGAGGUACAUUUUCUGAUGCAGAAGAGAGGCUCAUCGUUGAGCUUCACGCUAAGUUCGGUAACAAAUGGGCUCGCAUGGCUGCUCAGCUUCCUGGCAGAACAGACAAUGAGAUAAAAAAUUUCUGGAACACGAGAGUGAAGAGACACCAGCGAGCUGGUUUGCCCAUAUACCCUCACGACAUCCAACCAAAGGACCACCACCACUACCACCAGCGACGACAACCCAACCACCACCAAAGAGAACGCAACUCUGCAUCAUCUUCCCUUUCAUCCCUUUUAUCAGCACAAUCUCAGCGCCAAAAGAAAACCUACAGUCCCACCCACCCCCUCUUCAAUCCGACCAAGUCUUCAUCUACUGCAAAUCCUCUACACCACCACUGUAAUUCUUUACCCAAUUCGAAUCACCAGUUCAAGCUCUUUCGUGACAACAAUGGCGGUCUUGCUUUGGCACUCACAUCCCCUACUUUGCCAUUUCCUUCAUCCUCUGCACCAUUGUUUAACCCAGGCCUUUCGACUGAGGCGUUCAAUUCUUUUAACUACAACAAUAACGGUCUAGUGCACGAGAGUAUCACCAAUGAAGGGUCUAAAGAGUGUCAGAUACACACAGUCUUAUCCCCACAUGUAGAGAGGCUGUUUCUGCAUAAAUACCACAACAAUCUAAGGCCUAAUAUUGGAGCCUCAUUUAACCCAAACAUUAGUUCAGUCUCCAGAAUGGGAAUUGAGCUGCCUUCAAUCCAAUCACCUGUGCUAACUAGUACUGGGAGUGACUAUUUGAUGGCUACUUCAAAUGAAGCUGAUGAACAUGAGAUUGCAUCAGAAUUUUCACAAGGCAACUGUGGUUUGUUGGAAGAUUUAUUGCUGGAGUCUCAAGCUUUGACAAGCACCGAGAUACCCAAUAAAGAGAAAUUUGCAGCAGAGAAUGAAGCUAAAUGGAAAUAUAUAUCUGAACAUGGUAUAAUGGAGGAUAAGACUGCCGCUUUGCAUUUGGAUUCAAGCUUUGUUCAUUCAUUCAUUGACGAACAGCCCAUAAAUGUGUUUGGAAUUUUUGGUGCAGCAGGGGUGAAAAGGAAGAAACCCCAAUUGGAGGAGAUGAAUUAUGUGGAUGAAUAUUUAUUGAACAUGCUUGACAAUUUUCCAAUGACUGUGCCUGUACCAGAUUGGGAUGAUAAGAGUCCAAGAAUGUCGAAUGAGGAGCCAUGGAACAUGGAUGAUGGCAACGUUGGGAUCAACAAUAACCGGGAAGUUCCACACUCUCCGGUUGCGACCGCCUCAGCAAUGCCAGACCAUGACUGGGCUCUAGGCUCCUGCUGCUGGAACAAUUUGCCUAGCAUAUGCGAAGACCAGAGCUGA